AAAAUAAAGAAUAAAACCUGACUGCAGUGACACACAUUGUGGUAAGAGCAUGAUGAAGACAAACUGACAGAAUCAGUAGAAACUACACAGUGGUGAUAAAUCAGUUGUGAAAACUAGAGACAGUUGUGACUCUAUGGUUGGAAACAUGGAAGUGAUAAAAGAAUAUGAUGAACUGGUAACAUCAAACAGACAGCACUCAGUACCUGAGGAGAGCAACACUGAGUUGGAGUCAAAGCUUGCUGAUGCUCUCCGGGACGUUCUCCAAGGGACCCAAGCUUCAAGCUCCAUAGUUGCAGACCAGUUGGUCAAAGUACACAAUGUGUUGAAAUAUGAAAGUACUAUAUUCGGGUGUAGUCUUUGUGGUGAGGAGUUUCCCCACGAAGAGGAGUACAAUGCUCAUAUGGACAUGCAUUUUCAGGAAAGUGACAGAGAUACUAAGCAAGUGACGUCACAAGAGUGUGAGCCUGCUGCUGUCAGCUCUGGCAGGGACUCCUAUCCUCUCACAGACUUGGCACUACCUUCAGUCGCUCCAUUGUCCGCGCGGCUUGCAACCAAAGAAGAUGGUGCAGUUGAAGAAAAUCAUCAAGCACUUGAUACUGGGGAUGCAUUACACGACCAGUCAAUCGAAAUCAAUAAUAAAACUAAAACAGACAUGAAAGCUUAUACAAACUGUGUAGUCAAAUUAUAUGAUAUAUUAAAAGAACCUCAAUCAAGAAGAUUUGUUAGCUUUUGCGACAAUAAAACUAAAACAUACAUAAAAUCUAAAGUAUUCACUAAUUGUGUAGUAAAAUUAUAUGAUAUAUUUAAAAAACCAGAUAUGUCACAAAAAAUUAUGAGCUCUAGUGCCAGGCUACGUGCUGAUACAUCCUCUAUAGAGUCUCAUCGUCAGGCAACAAGUGAGCAUGACGUCACCGGGACACGCAACAAACAUAACAAAUCAAACACUUUGCAAAGUGAAACUGAUUGCUUGAAUAAUGGCAGUAGUAUACAAUUUACCAACUCAUCUGUAAACAGUUUACACGAACUUAAUGAAAAGAAAUGCUAUACUUGUGAUGUUUGCGGAAAUAUGUUUAAACAUAAAAGAUCCUUAGUUACACACAUAAAAUCUCACACUGCAAGAAAAACGUUCGUUUGCAAGAUUUGUCAAUUCAAAUCAAUCUACAAAAGAUCCUUGUUUAUACACAUGCGAACUCACACUGGUGAGAAGCCUUAUUCUUGCAAGUUGUGCAAGUAUACAACUGCUCGAAGUCAUCACUUAGUUACACAUAUGCGAAUUCACACUGGUGAAAAGCCUUAUUCUUGUAAUUUAUGCGAGUAUAGAUGUGCAGUUAGUAGUUCCCUAGUGAGACAUAUGCGUACUCACACUGGUGAGAAGCCUUAUUCCUGUCAGUUAUGUGAGUAUAAAUCUGCAGAUAGAGGUGACUUAAGGAAACAUGUGCGAAUUCACACUGAUAAAAAGCCAUAUUCUUGUGAGGUAUGCGAGUAUAAAUUUAGUUUUAAACAUAGAUUAGUGAAACACAUGCGUUCUCACACUGGUGAAAAACCAAUUCCAAAAAGUUUUACUUGUGACAUUUGCAAUAAUGUGUUUCAAGAUAAAAGGGUCUUACGUAAACACAUGAAGUCACACAUUGGAAAGAAAAUAUUCACUUGUAAGCUUUGUCUGUACAAAUCCACCUACAAAACUAGCUUAGUUGUUCAUAUACGAACUCACACUGGUGAAAAGCCUUAUUCGUGUAAGUUGUGCGACUUUAAAUGUGCGGUAAGUGGUAGUUUAUUAUCACAUAUGCGGACUCAUACUGGUGAAAAACCUUUUUCUUGUAAGUUGUGCAACUAUAAAGCUGCUCGAAAUGAUCAUUUAAUUAAUCAUAUGCGAACUCACACUGGCGAAAAGCCUUACUUCUGUAAUUUGUGCGAGUACAGAUGUAUAGAACGUAACAGGCUUGUGUUACAUAUGCGGACUCACACUGGUGAAAAGCCUUUUUCUUGUAAGUUGUGCGAGUUUAAAUGUGCUAGAAAUAGUAACUUAGUUAGACACAUGCGAACUCACACUGGUGAAAAGCCUUAUUCGUGUAGCUUAUGUGAGUAUAAAUCUGCAGAAAAAAGAAGCUUAUUGAUACAUGUCCGAAUUCACACUGGUGAAAAACCAUUUUGUUGUGAAUUAUGCGUCUAUAAAAGUAAAGACAAAAGACAAUUAAUGUUACAUAUGCGAACUCACAGUGGUGAAACUCCCUUUUCUUGUGGUUUGUGCAAGUAUAAAUGUAAUACUAAAGGUUACUUAUUGAUACACAUGCGUUCUCACACUGGUGAAAAACCAUACACUUGUAAUUUAUGCGAUUUUAAAUGUAGGCAUAAACAAAGCUUAGCAGGUCAUAUGCGAACUCACACUGGAGAAAAGCCAUAUUCUUGUAUUGUGUGUAAGCGUCAAUUUUCUAAAAGUAGUAAUUUGUCGGUACAUAUGCGCACUCACACUGGUAAAAAGCCUUAUGCUUGUAAGAUUUGCAAGUAUACAUGUGUAACUAACUUAUCGAGACAUAUGCGAAAACACUCUGGUGAAAAGCCAUUCGCUUGUGACUUAUGUGAAUUUAAAGCUUCUCAGAAAAUAAAUCUAGUGAAUCAUUUGCGAAAACACACUGGUUAAAGCGUCAUUCGUGUAAGUCAAUGUAUUCAAUUCAAUUCAAUUUAUUUAAUUUGCAAUUUUAUAGUUAGAUACAUUAGCUGGUAUACAAUAAAUGUAGGUACAUUAUACAAUUCGCCAUAAACUGGCAUGCAAAUUUCUUAAAACACUACACACAAAAUAAGUAUAAUAAAAAUUGAUGUAAUUUCAAAUGUCUUAUUCUCUAAAGUGUCAAUGAAUGGGGAUGAUGACUAGGUUGGAAUAUAUUGAUUUUUAUAAUAAAUUCGGAUAAAUAAAGUCAAUGUUAACAAAUUUAUACAUAAAAAGCAAAGAUUGACUGGAUAUUUGCAAAAUAAAUAAUAUUAUAAAAUCUCAAAAUCUAAUAAAAAUCUUUUAUCGUAAUUAGAUAAAAAUUCAUAAAGUUUUAGCUAAAAUGUCACAUUAAAUGUGUCAUUUUUCAAUAAAUGAACUAUUAUCAUAAACGCACAAAUAACAAAGAUAUUAGUAAUUUUGUUUGAACGCCUUACAAAUCUAACGAUCAGCGAGCCAACGACGUCACUAACUCGUGCCAUUUUGUAUGGAGCGUUUUUCAGGGAUCCGCGCCAGCGCCGCAAAUCUGACCCUUUGAAUCCCUGUAGCUCCGAAAGUAAUGAUCGCCGAUAUCCUGUUACUUUUACAAAAUUGCUUUACUAUUAGCAUACUCUUAAUUUAUAUACAAUUUAAAAAACUGUCAUCAUCCCUAUUGCGUCAAAGUUUAUUAAAAAAUGUCAAUUAAACAAUCUUUUAUAGAAUAGUAACAUUUCUUGAGCAAUAUUUAUUUUUUUAUUUUAUUCUUAAAUACGGCAGCACUCAAGGUUCUGUCAGCUAACGCCUGGAGGCAGUUUAUUGUACAAUUUAGGUGCCAUGUGAAAUAUGCUAUUAUUAUAUAAAGACGCUUUAUGCCAUGUAUAACAGAUUUUAUUUUUCCUACGUUCACUAUCUGAAUAUUGAAACAAUUGAAUAUUCGUUUUCAUAAAAACUAGUACCUCAUAAAUAUAUAGGCAUGGGCAAUUCAUAAUUUUAAAUUUUUCAAAAUACGGUUUACAUGAAACUGUAGGACUUAAAUGACAAAUGGAAAUACACUUCUUUUUUGCCUUAAAAACUUUAUCACGGUCAAAUGAAUUUCCCCAGAAUAUGAUAUCGUAGCGUAUAUUGGCUGUAACAUAUGUAUUAAAAAAUGUAAGCACUCUGAUUUCGACCAGGGUAAGCAUAAGGUGGGCAGGGCAGUCUUUCGGCCUAUAAGCAUGUUUACAUGCUCUGUUGUAAUUCAUGACGAAUCUGACAAAGUUAUAAACUGUUCCCACCACCAGUAACAUGCUAUCAAGUGAAGAAAAAGACGAUAUCGUCAAUGGCAGUGGAGUUGGUCCAGUCCCAUAUCUUUCGUCCCAACGCAAUAAAAGAGAUAGUGUUAUUUCGUGAUUGUUUGUUACCCGACUGCAAGAAGGGUUAUGUUUUUCGCGCGUAUCUUGUAUGUAUGUGUUUAAUAUUCUUUAUUAGGUACCUCAUAUCUUCCAAAACCACUGAACGGAUUUACGUAAUUAGGAUAUCGUUACAUUUGUCUCAAUAACCCAAGUGUUCUUAGAUAGGUGAAACUAAAAAAAAUAACAAGACGACUGUGAGACGCUAUAGACUCGAGGUGAAAAAAAAUUGUUUUUUCUAAUAUUGCAAUAUGGGUAUCAAAUUCAAGAGCUUUGUGUGAGGAUUCUAAAAUGGUAUAUUAUGGCCAUGUUUAAAAAAACUACAAUUAGAAAAACGUUAUUUAUUAGUUGUCUAUACAAAAUACGCGAGGCGGAUGACUUUAGAUGCGUUUGCCUUUACCGUUUGUGACACGUGAUGUUUAUAUACCUAUUUAAAAUGUAUAUGUCUGAAAAUAUGGAGAUGCAUGCCCCAGACUGUAUUGAAACCUACCCCCUCCGAAUCGAUGUCAGAGGUCAUUUCCACUGGGCAAUCACGGUUCUAUUAAUGACUAAUCUUCCCCUGUGGCCCCCUUACCCCUAAGUAAACUACAUAGAAGUAAAUGAUUUGAAUAUAGUUUUAUCUCGUACCUACUCGUAAGCAUUGGAGUAUUUACUUUCGUGGUAUAACCAAAAUAAGCUCUUGUGAUCGUGUUUUUUUAAUAACAUUCCAUUGUUGUUUUUUUUCUCUUUCAAUAAAUUAAAAGAAAAGGCUUUUAAUUUAUUUUAAUUAUUGUGCUCAUUCUCUUUUAUCACAUUGGAUUUUGUAUUAAGCUCACCUUGAGAGCUUGCUAUUUAAUAUGUAAAACUUAUUUGCGAAAUCUUCUUUUUUCUGUAUUGUUAUUUUUAUUCCUUCUGUAUUUAGCUAUAAGUUUUUCUUUCUAAAUAAAUAAAUACUUUUAGCAU